AUGUCUAGCGACGAAGCUAACGAUCUGGAUUCGAGCAAGGUGAUCGGUCUUGACAUAUCUCCGCAUAAAAAUCCCGACGACACACCAGAUAAUCUGUGGUUACAGAUUGAUGAUCUCAAUCGUCGUUUCACGUUUCCCUCGAAUCAUUUUGAUCUUGUCCAUUCCCGUCUCCUCGCCACAGGCAUCAACCAUAACAGAUGGCCGUCCUAUCUCGCAGACAUGAAAAGGUGCGCUCACUUCCUAAAGCCAGGCGGUUGGGCGCAAUUGGUCGAGAUAUAUUUCAACGUUCAAUCGGACAACGGCUCUAUUACCGAACAACAUGCUUUGCGACGUUGGAGCACACAAAUUCUGAGAUCAUAUGAAGAAAAAAAGGAUCUACGCGUGGGGACGCGUCUGAAUUCUCUUCUCCGAGCGGAAGGGUUCCAGGAAGUCGAUGCGAGAAUGAUUCCUCUUCCCCUCUCAGCGUGGUCGAACGGUUAG